UCUGGCCAGCAGGACCCCGCUCAGCCCAGUCGGCGGACCGCCUAGAAGAAAGGAGGAUAUCUUAGAUUUGCUCGACCACUUUUUGUGCUAAUCCUUCACGGGCUGUCGGCCUUGUUUGAUCAGGUUUUUUUUGUCUCCCUUCUCUAUCCACGUUUCUUCCUGACGCCAGUUUUCACAGGCCAUUUUGUUGGCCAUUUGUUUUUAAAGCCAUUUUGUUGGCCAUUUGUUUUUAAAGCCAUUUCUGGAAGCUACGUUUGUUUUGGUUUUUGUGUGUAAGAUUCAUCAUUGCCUAGUGGAGGCUAAAUACAAGACGGGAUUGGAAUAGCAGGCAGGCAGCCCAGAUUGGCCAUGAAGUAGCCAGCAGCAGACGGCCAGCAGCAGACGACCAGCAGACAUGGACCCCAGACUUUUCUCCACUGGCCUGGUGCCUCCCUGCUACCAGGCCGAGGCCAAACAGGAGAAGUACGCCCACAGUAUCGCUUCGUCCAAAGACUCGAGGCACUCCGACUACAGCGACCCGGACAGCAGCGAUGACGAGACCAGCAGACGCCAGUCACGUGACGCCCUGCACGGCGAGGCUGCUGGACAGACGGACCACCCCCGCUACCACGACGACGCCAGCAUAGAAGGGGGGCUACAAGACUACCACGAGGGGGACGGCAAGGCCCGGGCUAAAAAGUCCUCCACCGGCCAGAAGCACGUGCGUCUGAACAUCAACUCACGCGAGCGGCGCAGGAUGCACGACCUGAACGACGCGCUGGACGAGCUGAGGUCCGUCAUCCCCUACGCCCACAGCCCGUCGGUCCGCAAGCUGAGUAAAAUAGCCACCCUCCUCCUGGCCAAGAACUACAUCCUCAUGCAGGCCCACGCCCUGGAGGAGAUGAGGCGGAUCAUCGCCUACCUCAACCACCACACCUCCCUGGCCAGCCUGGACGCCCUGCCCUACCAGCACCUCCCCCCCACCUCACCAUCACGAGCCGCCAGUCGCCCCGGGGAGAGGGACGUGCAGUAGGUGGGGCAGAGAAUGUUCUAGAAUAUGGUACACAUGUGUCAGCGCUGUAGCGUUAUACACGCACGCACGCACGCACUCACACACAUACACACACACAUACGCACACAGUAACACAUAUACACGAACACAGUAACACACAUACACGCACACAAUUACACACAUACACGCACACAACCACACACAUACACGCACACAGUAACACAUACACACGCACACAGUGACACGUAUCCACAUACACAAUCACACACAUACAUGAACACAAGCACAUACAUACACGCACACACAAUCACACACAUACACACCCAAUCACACAAAUAUACGCAGACAAUCACACAUAUAUACUCACACAAGCAUAUACAUACACGCACACAAUCACACACAUACACGCACACAAGCAUAUACAUACACGCACACAAUCACACACAUACACGCACACAAGCACAUACAUACACGCACACACAAUCACACACAUACACACACAAUCACACAAAUAUACGCACACAAUCACACACAUACACGCACACAAGCAUAUACAUACACGCACACAAUCACACACAUACACGCACACAAGCACAUACAUACACGCACACACAAUCACACACAUACACACACAAUCACACAAAUAUACGCAGACAAUCACACAUAUACUCACACAAGCAUAUACAUACACGCACACAAUCACGCACACACAUACACGCACACAAGCAUACAGAUGAACACAGACGUAAAAAUUGAGUAUUUAAAAACAACUGGUCAGGGACAAAUACAAAGAUGUCCUGAUGUCCUCAAGAGAUAUUCAAUUGACGCCAUUCCCCCCCCCCCCCACCCCUCUGGGGUUCCCAUACACGCCUGGUAAUGUUAUCAUAAAAAAAGUUUCAAUUGCUGUAAACGUCUACCCCGUGGCCCCCAUCGCCACCCUCGUCAUCACGUGCCAGCGGCACCCCCCCCCCCCCCCCAACCUGGAUAUAAACCAUGUGUAUGUAAGCGGCCCACUCUGCUUGCAAAACUCGGCCUAAUUAUUUCAUCAAUGGCGCGUGCUAAGGGCGAUCACUCGGCCAACCUGCAGCAAGGGAGAUCAUCUUGUCACAUUUGGACUUGCUCACAAACUGAUGACGUUCUGUGGCACCUUGAGAAACUCGGCGAGUCGCCGUACUGUUGGCUGAGUUGAUUCAGUCAUGUUAGGUGAUGUCAGACAUCAUAGCUAGGUGAUGUCAGACAUCACAGCUACGUGAUGUCAGUUAUCACAGCUAGACAACUUUGUGGCAGUGUUUCUUCCAGACUUUUUU